AUGGAAACUUUCACAAUCCUUCUCGCCCUCUCAAUCUGCCUCCUCUGUGGCCUCUACUGGUUUGUCUGCCUUCUGGGCUUCGCCAAUAGAAGAGCAAGCAUGCCACCCAGCUCUCCGGUGGCUCGAUCUCAGCCGAGAAAGUCCAUGACAAGUACCAGCAGUACUGGUCCUUCUUCCGCACCCCAUCCCCGAUCGAAACCGCCGAGAAAGUCCCCGACAUUGUGA